UUUUACCUUUUUUUCAAGUGCACAGUUCCGGGUAGUCUGACAGACAGACACACAGUGAUGAAGUUCCACAAAGGUAGAUCUCUCAGAGCUGCACUCUAGCUACCACAGUUGGCACUUCAAACCUGGAUUAUAAGGAAAAGGGGAGGCAUCCUCGGACUGCAAAAACCUGUUCAAGCAGCCAGCAGAUUUCCCUAAAUAAGCAGCACGUUAACCAGAAUACAGUAGGAGGACCUUUCAGACCUCCAGGGGACUAAAGAAGAGAGGGACAGACAGAAACCCCCACCGGGUUAACCACUAUAGAAGAAGAUCAAGCCAAGGAUCCAUAUGUCACACUACAACAACACUGGAGGAUAUAACAACCCUGCCUAUCAUGACAGUGACACCCUGGAGAUAGAUAGGAGUCCUUCUAGGAAAUCCCAAUCCCAUCACAGUAACCCCCAUGGUAACCCCUACCCCAGGGAUGAUGGAGCCGGGGGUGAGAGGGGCAGGUCUGAUCUUCAGCAGCUCCCAGGAGGGGUCCAGUCCAGCUACGACGAUGCCCAGGAGAGAGUGCCCUGGGGCGGGUGGCAGGAGGGGAGCUGGAGGGGCAGAGACAGCAUUCCCAUGGGUCUCCUUCCUCCCCGGUCGGAGAGCCCACGAUGGCAGCAGCAUGACCUCAAUCACAGCGGGUACCAGAUCGAUCAGGCAACGCAUUAUAAUACAACGCCUCCUGUACGACUUCCAUCUGCAACUUCAGGUCAUGUUUCGAUGAGGUUCAGGGGGUCGAGGAAGAUGAGUCUAUUCCCUGUAGGAGAGGCUGCUCUGGGCAAUCUGGGCCUUUCUGAGGACGACAUCAGGAAUGAGAUGGAAAAUGAGGAACAGAACUUGGUCCAAGAGCUGGUUGCUAUGUCAACGAGGGACAGAAUCAAGGCCAUCCGAGACCUCCCUAUGAGCUUUGAUGACAAGAAACACAUCAGGGGCCAAGUGUUGGCGUUGAAAUCAUUCAAAAAGUCCCGGCAACUGAACUGCUUUGCAGACUGCUCAAAGACUGUCUCACUGGCGUUCCGCAGGUGCGGUGCUAACAUGACUUUAGCCAAGCAGACCCUGGAACUGUGGCGGGGUACCAUGAAGGAGGUCGGGGGUAAAUUUGGCACGGGGGUCCUCUCCUACUUCAAGUUCCUAAAAUGGCUGCUGAUGUUCAACAUCUUCUCCUUCCUGGUCAACUUUGGUUUCAUCACCAUCCCCCAGCUCAUCUAUCACCCCAUGGCAGACAUCCCCGCUGGGGUCAGCUUCAAAGGGCUAGAGAUACUGACCGGAGCGGGUUAUUUCAGCCACACAGUGAUGUACUAUGGCGGCUACAGUAAUAAAACACAAGGGACAGGGGGCCGGUCUGAGUACAACAUGCAGCUGGCCUACUUCUUCACCAUAGCAGCCUACAUGGUGUUGUGUGGAGCCGCCCUCAUCUACAGCAUGGCCAGCUCGUUCAGGAAGAAGUAUGUCCUUGCAGACUCAGGCUUGGGUGGCGCCUGGCAGCUCCUGUGUAGCUGGGACUUCAGUGUGACUAACGAGAAAGCCGUACGACAGCGCAAGAACAAUCUGCGCAUCCAACUCAAGGAGUCCUUAUCAGAAAAGGUCCAGGUGGCCCUGCUACCUCUGACAGAGAGGCUGAAGCACUAUGGGGUCUUCCUGGGUACCUGGCUCCUCUCCACGGGCAUGGCCUUGGGCUGUGGCGCCAGUGUCUACUUCCUGUGUCAAUAUGACACAUGGCGGACGAGGCAGUCAGCGGACAAAGCUUCCGGCUCUCUCCUGGAGGAGGCCGCUACUCUCCUCCUCCCCUUUGUGGUGUCCCUGAUCAAUCUGGUCGUCCCUCUCUUCUACUCUCUGUUCAAAAAGAUAGAGCACUACUCCAACCCUCGCAUGCAGGUCUAUGCCAUCAUAGUCAGAAAUGUCAUUCUCAAGAUGUCCAUUCUGGGUAUUCUCUGCUACUACUGGAUGAAGGAUGUGGCCAAUACAUUUUCAUGCUGGGAGUCCAUCGUAGGACAAGCCUUGUACAGACUGGUUAUUAUGGACUUCCUCUUCAUAAUGUUAGGAUCCUUCUUUGGAGAGUUCCUGAGCAAUGUCAUUGGGACUAAAUGCAUACAGAGCCUGGGAGUUCCAGAGUUUGACGUUGCCAGGAAUGUCCUUGACCUGAUCUAUGCACAGACCCUGGCAUGGAUCGGAAUCUACUUCUCUCCCCUUCUCCCAGUGAUACAGAUAAUCAAGUUCUUCAUCCUCUUCUACCUAAAGAAGGUCAGCCUGACCCAGAACUGCCAGCCCCCGAGGCGAGCCGGCAGGGCGGCUCAGAUGCAAACCAUCUUCAUCGCUAUCCUCUUCUUCCCUUCCUUCGUAGGGGCUCUGUCCAUGGUGGCCUACACCGUGUGGACUCUGCCCCCCUCAGACAAGUGUGGGCCCUUCAGGGGCCUCAACACCACCUUCAGUGCAAUACAGAUCUGGAUGGACGAUUUGAACAGGGUGGAUGCGUUUCGGUGGACUGUCUGGAUCUACCAGCACGUCAUCAGGAGUGAGAUAUUCUACUUCCUGGUCUCUCUCAUCAUCCUUGUGUUCAUUUACAUCUUCAGGCAGAUCACUCAGGGACGCCAGCUGCUUAUCACUCUACUGAGACAGCAGAUUGUUAAUGAAGGGAAGGACAAGGCGUUCUUGUUGGAGAAGCUACAGAACCUUCAGAAAUCCAAGCAGAACAAACAGAAAAAGAAAAAACAGGUCAGGAAAAGACAGGAAAAUGAAUCCUCCUCUGGCAUGCUCCAGGCUCUGAUUGCCCGACAGCGGUUGGAGCAAGAGAAUGGUGACAGCAGCAGCUCUUUCGGUGUGCCUAUGCCUUCCGGCCACUCAGUCUCCACGACAUCGAGUGCUAUGAUGCAGGCCAUGCUAGCCAGGCAAUACGCAGAGGACCAGGAUGUAGCCAGUUAUCGCGGGGUGCCAUUUCCUGCAGACCAAACACCUGCGCCCUCCAGUGCACUGAUACAGGCCAUGCAAGCCAGGCAAAGGGCGGAGUCACAGAAUGAGGACGAGUUUUACCGGGCGCCAGUUCAGUCACAGAACCCAGUAAACGCGUUACCCAGUGCGAUGAUACAGGUGAUGCAAGCCAGGCAGAGGGCGGAGUCAGAGCAGGAAGAGGACGAGUUUUACCAGACGCCAGUACAUUCAGAACACCCAGUGUCAUCAACACCCAGUGCGAUGAUGCAGGUCAUGCAGGCCAGGCAGAGAGCAGAGGAGGAGGAGAGCGAGUUUUACCAGACGCCAGUACAUUCAGAACACCCAGUGUCAUCAACACCCAGUGCGAUGAUGCAGGUCAUGCAGGCCAGGCAGAGAGCAGAGGAGGAGGAGAGCGAGUUUUACCGGGCGCCUGCUUCUUCACAGCACCCAGAUGCGUCAGGCUCCGGUAGUGCUCUGAUACAGGCCAUGCUAGCCCGGCAACAGGUAGAGGAGGAGUACAGUGACAGAUACUGAGCGUGACCGAGAACUGAACCACUUGGGGGGGGGUGGAGGACAAAAUUUAAAUGUGACCAGCUGUAGAAAGCAGAGAAAUAUAAGAGGAAACGCAAUAAGAUUCUGUCUGGCAUCAAGAGAGGGCAGGACCACCUCUAUGUAGACUGUUUCUAUUGGACCAUAAAAGAGUGUAGCCAAUGGGGUGUGAAAAGAUACAUCUGAUAUAUGUAUUACCUUUUGAUAAAAUAACACAUUGUUUUUGUACAAAAAAAAAAAUAUUUAAUAUAUUUGUGUACUGUAUGUAUACAUGAUAUGUGCUUAGUCUGUAAAAUAUUGUCAAUGAAUGUUGUAUAAAUGUAGGAAUAUUCUCAUCUGUAUUAAAUUGUAAAUACUAUAAAAUUGUAUGGU